AUGGCCAGCACCAAGAAGAUCGUACUUCUCCCCGGUGACGGUAUCGGCAUUGAGGUCGUCGCCGAGGCGAAGCGCGUGCUCGACGUCAUCAUUCAGUACCUCCCUCAGUACAAGUUUGAGGUCUCCGAGCACCCGCUGGGCGGCGCUGGGAUCGAGUUCAAUGGCCAGCCCCUUCCUGACUCCACAGUCGCAGCCUGCAAGCAGGCCCACUGCGUGCUGAUGGGCGCCGUCGGCCACCCCAAGUAUGGUCUCGCUGCCAUCCGCCCCGACGUCGCCAUGCUGGCGAUCCGCAAGGCCGUCGAUGCGUACGCCAACAUCCGCCCCGUCCUCUUCCCCUCCCCUUCCCUUAUCGCCAAGUCCCCCCUCAAGACCGAGAUUGCUGAAGGCACCGAGAUAAUCCUGCUCCGUGAGCUCGUAGGCGGUAUCUACUUCGGCGACCACGUGGAGGCCAACAUGUCCGAUGCCGACCCCGCCGCAUGGGACGUGAACAAGUACACCAAGUCCCAGGUUGAGCGUAUUGCCCGCUUCGCCGGCGAGCUCGCCAUCAAGACCAACCCCCCUACCCCCGUCCACUCCCUUGACAAGGCCAACGUGCUGGCCUCCUCCCGCCUCUGGCGCACCGUUGUCACCGAUGUGUUCGCGAAGGAAUACCCGCAGGUGCCUCUAGACCACACCUACGUCGAUGCCGCCGCGAUGAUCCUCGCCGCUCGUCCGAAGAAGCUCAACGGUAUCGUUGUCUGCGACAACCAGAUCGGUGACAUCCUCUCCGAUGAGCUUGCCGUCGUCCCUGGCUCCAUCGGUGUCCUUCCCUCCGCUGCCCUGUCCGGCCUGCCCGAUGCCAAGGGCGAGACCUUCGGUCUUUACGAGCCCAUCCACGGCUCUGCUCCCGAUAUCAUGGGCCAGGGCAUUGCCAACCCCAUUGGCACCAUCCUCUCCCUCGCGAUGAUGUUCCGUUACUCGCUCGCGCUCGAGCCAGUCGCCGUGGUCAUCGAGAAGGCCGUUAGCAAGGCGCUCGACCUCAAGUCCGCCGGCGGUCUGGAGGCAUUCACUGCUGAUCUCGGUGGGUCGUUCAAGACCAAGGAUGUCGGUGAUGCCGUUAUCGAGUGCAUCACUCCCCUGCUCAAGGAGCUCAAGCUGUAA